UUGGAGAGGAGGAGGUGGAGAGUUUUUUCCCCCCCUUCCCAAAACAGUGGAAAAGGAGAGAAGAAAAAGGGCUUCACUUACAGAUUUAUUCACCAGGGACUGGAAACUGAACGAGGCUGAGACAAGAGCUGGUGACCUCACACGCACUGCACACCUGAACCUUUUUUUUUUUAAUCAUGCAUGCAUGCAUAUCUUUUCUCCUCUUCACUCUCACUCUCUCAUCAGAAAGCAACAAUUUUUUUCAGAUUGAAUCACCAGACUCAGACAACUAUCUGCCUUUGUGACCAGGGAGUGAAAGUGCAGUGUAGCUCCGGUCUAAGUGUGCGACUCUGGAGAAGUGACGCCCUGCCCGCAUCCAGAUGUUUCAUGUUUCUCUUGCGCGCUCUUUGGAGAGAUCUGCUCGCGAAAUCGGGAUCAGCGGAAUCUUGAGUUCAUGGUACAUGGCUCUAGAUCGAGUUGAAAGGACGACUGAUAACAUGCUUUUCGUAUAAGGUGUCGGGACUUCGCUUUCCACUUUUUUUUCCUUCCUGGAGAAUGGAGAGCUCCAAACUGAAAGCGGCCGUGCUGCUGGAGUUACAUUUGUUCUGGGUUUUUGCGCUAUGUGCGCACGGGCAAUCGAGUCCAAAUCAGGAGAAUGUGGUUGACCUUCUGGCAGCCCUCAACAUGUCAAGCGGCGCAACCAGGCUGCAGAGUUCCAGCAGUGGGAUAUAUAAAAUACGCCCCAGAUCACCCUACCUGACGCUCCCUCGGGAAUAUUCCCACCUCGUGUCCUCCAACCUCCAGGGUGGCAUUGGUGUGCGUUUGGUUGGACAACAGACGCCAGGAUCCAGUGCCACUGUUUUCUCCCUCUCAUCUGGGUCCUCAGCCAUUCUCCAAAUCAUCUCCUCUACCCUCAACAACACUCUGCGCUUGGACUAUCAGUCUGGAGGGAAAGCUCAGGGCCUUUCCAGCUUCCACUUUCCCAGGAGAAACCCUUUCUCCAGGGACGGAUGGGUACAGCUGGCUGUGAGCCUGGAGCCUGACCGACUGGUAUUUUUUGCAGACUGCGAGGAAGCGGCUGUUUUACCUUUAAAAGACCAGGACGGAAUGAACCUGGAAGUGCCUCGGGAUGUUGACAUCACUCUUGCCGGCACACCGGGCAAAAAAGACAGCAAAUUUAGUGGAUAUUUGAAGACAGCUGAAAUUUCGCUGAGAGCUUAUUUAAGUCGCCCAUGGAGCUGUGACAACGUUACCGAUGCUCUCCCUCCAUCUCAGUACACACAUACACGCAGCCCUGAUUUCCAGGCGGACACCAGACGAAUCUCCCGUCAGGAUUCUCCACCCAGCAAACUUCGAACUAAACACAGGCCACCGGUCCAAACUAGCAAGCAUUCCCAGGACGUCCAGAGUGAUCAGCUGCAGAGAGGUUCGGUGCUCGGGGCUCCUGGAGUAAAGCCUGUUUCUCAGAGAGACGACAGGCUGAAGAAACUGGAGAAGAGACUGGAGGAGCUGGCAAAUAUGCUGGACAUGGUCAAAGCACAGAAUGUAGACCUGCAGUCUCGCGUGAAAUACCUGGAGGGAUGCGAGUGUGUGAGGCAGCGAUGUGUGUGGGAGGGACGUGACAUGGAGGAGGGUCAGCGCUGGCAGAUUGACCUUCACAACGUGUGUUCGUGCAGAUCUGGAAAGGUCACGUGUCAAAAUAACAGCAGAAAUGAAGGGUGUCAGCCAGACGGUACAGUUCACAAUGUGUCCCACAGAACCGAAGAAGGCUGCCAGACAUGUACAUGUAAGGACGGUGGCAGGGAUUGUUCUCCCCCGCAGUGCCCUUCCCUCGACUGCACGGUGAAGGAAUCUGUACCUGGAGACUGCUGCGAACGAUGCAGAGGUUGCACUCACUCCGGUGUCCGGUACAAUCACGGAGACAACUGGAGGCCGGUGGAGAAUCCUUGUGACGUCUGCCACUGUUUGGAGGGUAGCGUUCGCUGUGAGAGGGAGCAGUGCAAUACGCCUUGUAAUAAUCCUGCCCCUCCUCCACCCAAUACCUGCUGUCCAGUCUGUCAGGGCUGCGGUGUGAAUGGACAUGACUUCCUUAACGGAGCUGUGAUCCCUUCUGGAGACCGCUGUCAGGAGUGUACAUGUGUGAAUGGAAACGUGGCCUGUUCAGCCAUUCGCUGUCCUGCCUUGACUUGUCGCAACCCCGUACAUCAUGCCGGAGACUGUUGCCCACGAUGUGAGCAGUGUGAAUAUGAGGGUGAAAUGUAUGAGAAUGGACAGAAGUUCACAUCCAGGAGAGACCCCUGCCUCCAGUGCCGCUGCUCUGCAGGUGAAGUGUCUUGUGAGCGUAUGGAUGCCUCGUGUCCCGCACUGCGCUGCAGUCACCCAGUGAGACGCAAAGGAGAGUGUUGUCCCACGUGCAGCGAAUGCGAGUAUGACAGGAGGGUGUACGCCGAUGGAAGAGUGUUCACCCCCGCUGGGAACGGACCCUGCCUGCAGUGCAGGUGUAAGGGUGGGAAUGUAAUUUGCCGCGAAGAGAAGUGCCCUCCUGUCCAGUGCACCAACCCUGUUACUGACCCACAUCGCUGUUGUCCAGUCUGCAAAGCGUGUGUAUUGGAUGGCGUGGAAUAUGAAGACGGCUCCAGGUGGCAACCCGAUGGUCCCUGUUCCAGCUGCACCUGUGUGAACGGAGAGACCUCAUGUACACAAACACGCUGUCCCUCCAACAACUGCCAGCACCCCACUAAGACUACCGACUCCUGCUGUGCCUCUUGUGAAAGCUGCACUUAUAACCAUCGCAUCUAUAGCAACGGCCAGAGGUUCACGACUCCUGAGCAGCCCUGCCACGUCUGCACGUGCCUGCGUGGCACCGUCACAUGUGAGAGACAGCCUUGUCCCACACUCAACUGCUCCAACUCCUUCACCCCAGCUGGAGAGUGCUGCCCUAAAUGUCCAGACUGCUCCUUUGAGAACCGUGUAUUCGUGGAUGGAGAGGCCUUUCCCAAUCCUGUGAGUGUGUGUGAGGAGUGCACGUGUGACAGCGGAAGGGUUGACUGCCACCAGGCUCAGUGUCCUCACGCUCGCUGUAAUGCGCCUGUGCCUGGAACGUGCUGUCAGAACAACUGCAACGGCUGCAGCUAUGCUGGGAAAGAGUAUCCCAAUGGGCAGGAGUUUCCCCAUCCUACUGACAGAUGCAGGACAUGCAGCUGCCUAAAUGGGAAUGUCCAGUGUCUGAAGAAGAGGUGUCCGCCUCUGCCCUGCUCCAACCCUAAUCUGCUCCCGGGAGACUGCUGCCCCCAGUGUCCAGCUCCUCCAUCAGACUGUGUGUAUGAACAAAGGGUCUAUAGGCACACGGAGCGUUUCUACCAGCCGAAUGACAACUGUCGAUUGUGCAUCUGCUCCAACGGGACUGUUCAGUGUCAGCGCAAGCCCUGCCCCUUCGCUUCGUGCUCUCACCCCAUCUCACAAGAGUGCUGUCGGACCUGCGAAGGCUGCUUAUAUGAGGGCAGAGAGCGGGCUAAUGGGGAGACAUGGGAGGACGCGUCAGACCCCUGCGGUGUGUGCGUUUGUCGCGAGGGCUCCGUCCAGUGUGAGAGGAAACGCUGUCCACCCGCCAACUGCAACCACCCGGUCCAGAGACAGUGCUGCCUGUCCUGCAGUGACUGCAUGUUUCAGGGUAAAGAAUAUCCUGAAGGUACUGAGUUCACUGACGGCAGAGACCCCUGUGGUGUGUGUUACUGUUACGGAGGGGAGGUCGUCUGCGCCAAGACAUCCUGCUAUGGAGACUGCAGCCAUCCUUACAAACCACCCGGACAGUGCUGCGGGGAAUGUGAACGUUGUUCCUAUAACGGUGCAGUGCUCCGCAAUGGACAGUCCAUCCCUGACCCAGGAAACCCCUGCUCUGACUGUGUCUGCCAGAGCGGCUCAGUUCGAUGCAUCAAGAAGCAGUGUCCAGCAGCCCUCUGUCCUCAUCCAGUCACCGACGCAUGUGGCUGCCCCGUCUGUGACGGUUGUCAGUUCCAAGGUGUGACUUACGUCGACGGACAGAUCCUACCAGGAGGAGAGCGAGGGUGCCAGCAAUGCACAUGCUCAAGGGGUGAGGUUGUGUGCGAGGAGAGAAGAUGCCCCUCAGCGCCGUGCCAACACCCGGCUGUGGACGGCUGCGCGUGCGGAGUGUGUGACGGGUGCAGCUUCAACGGACGGAACUGUUACAAUGGAGAGCGAUUUCCUCACCCCACGGACCACUGUCAGCUCUGCUCCUGCCUGAAUGGUGCUGUCGUGUGUGCAAGUAUAUCUUGCCCGAGCGUUACAUGUGGGCGUUCCGUGACCCCUCCAGGAGAGUGCUGCCCCGUCUGCACGGGAACGUGUUUUUAUCAGGGCAGAGAGCACCAGUCCGGCUCCACCUUCACAUCCCCCUCCGAUCCCUGCUCCUCCUGCACCUGCCUGAAUGAGGUGGUGACCUGUCAGAGGAGACCUUGUCCGGUCCAGUGCUCGCACCCGGCCCCUUCGGACACCUGCUGCCCCGUCUGUGACUCCUGCCUCUAUGAGGGCGUCGUGCACUCCCGCGGUGACACCUUCACUCCCUCGUCCAACCCCUGCCAGCGCUGCACAUGUGUUAGAGGCACAGUUACCUGUCUCCCCCUCGUAUGUCCACCAACGCGUUGCGCUAGACCUGUCGUCAGACCGGGACAGUGUUGCCCUGAGUGCACAGUGUGCAUGCUGGAUGGACAGGAGUACAGUGAUGGACAGACAUGGACUCGGAGUUCAAACCCCUGCUCCACCUGCACCUGCCAGGCAGGCGAGGUGCGCUGUGCAUCUGCUGCGUGUCCCGAGCUGCCCUGUGUGCAUCAGGUGACAGAUCGAGGGGAAUGCUGUCCUCGCUGUAGAGGUUGUAUGUAUGGAGGAGAGGAGCAUACAGAGGGCAGCAGCUGGUUCGCAGACUCCACUCCCUGCAUGACGUGUAUGUGUGUGGACGGAGUGACCACGUGCUCUGAAGUGCGCUGCCUAUCUCCGUGUGUAAACUUCAUCACUGUGCCCGGGGAGUGCUGCCCGGUGUGUGCAGACUGCGUGUUUGAGGGCAGAGUGUACGGACCUGGAGACAGUUUCCAUCCAGCCGGCGAUCCCUGUCAGAUCUGCACCUGUGAGGUGAUGCCGGAUGGAGAACAACACCUGAGGUGUUACAGAAAGCAGUGUCCCAGUCUGGUUGACUGUCCGAAGAGCAACAUCCUGUUUUCUGAGCCAGACUCCUGCUGUCCCGUCUGCGCACAGCCUCUCAGUAACUGUACCUCUGCGCUGAUUGGCAACGAGGUGCUGGCAACAGACGACCCCUGUUUCACCUGCCAGUGCAAGGACCUUACAUGGACCUGCUUACACCAAACCUGCCAACCACUCACCUGCCCUCCUAAUGAACAGUUCAUGCCCGCAGACUCAUGCUGCCCUGUGUGUGAAGAGUGUGUGAUCGAGGGUCAGAACAAACGAGUGACCAACGGCACCAGCUGGACAGACAGCUACGAUGACUGUGUCACAUGCACCUGUAACAUGGGCCACAUCGAGUGCAGCAUAGAAGAGUGUUCACCUGCAGUUUGUCCGAGAGAUCAAACGCAAGUGAAGAUUCCUGGGAAAUGCUGCAAUGAAUGUCAAGACUCAGGGUCGUCAUGUUUGUACCAGGGGACGGUGUAUCACUGUAAUGAACAGUGGGAGGUAGAUGAGUGCACCACCUGCACCUGUGUGUCUGGAGACGUACACUGUCACAGUGAACGCUGCCCUCCCCUCACCUGUGCAACAGAUGAGAUGCCAGCAGUCAUCCCAGGUCUGUGCUGUCCUCACUGCAUUCCUCGCCCAGCUACAUGCAUUGCCUUUGGCGACCCUCAUUACCGGACCUUCGACGGCCGCAUGUUGCACUUCCAGGGAACUUGCACGUACGUCCUGGCACAGGAUUGUAAAGAGGGAGACUUCAGCAUACAUGCCACAAAUGACGAUCGUGGACGUAAAGGAGUGUCUUGGACAAAAGAGGUGACUGUGUUUUUAGCAGACGUAGAGGUGCAGCUGCUCCAGGACCAUGUUGUGAAGGUGAACGGCGAUAUCGUGGCUUUGCCGUUCCUCAAAGAACCAUACAUCUACAUAGAGCGACAAACCAACACUAUCUUGCUCAACACAAACAUUGGGUUGAAGGUGCUCUGGAGUCCUCGCUCACACAUUGAAGUGAGUGUGCCAGGCUCCUAUAAGGGCCACACCUGUGGUCUCUGCGGAAACUUCAACAACUACUACCAGGACGAUCUCAGAAUGCCCAGUGGACGACUCAGCCAGUCAGAGGCCGACUUUGGCAACAGCUGGAGGGUCAGAAACGGUAGCCAUUCUGUCUCAUCCUGUCGCGCCGGGGAGGAUGUCGACCCCUGCAAGGACGCAGGCUACCAGGCCAAGAAGGGAGCCAACGUGCGCUGUAAGGUCCUGAAGUCUGCCGCCUUUAAGCCCUGCCAUCGCGUGGUGCCUCCUGAGCCAUGGUACGGAGCUUGCGUGUAUGACCUCUGCGCUUGCGGGGCCAAUACCGACGAGUGCCUGUGUGACACCCUGGAGGCCUAUGCCAGCCAGUGCAGGCAGGCUGGAGUCGUCCUUCAGUGGAGGAGCGCAUCUCUGUGUGCUGUGGGCUGUCCAGUGGAGAGGGGCUUUGUGUUUGACGAGUGUGGCCCCCCGUGUCCCGUAACCUGCUUUAAUGUUGACGUACCACUCGGGGUGAUAGAGAGUCACUGCUUCAAGCCCUGUGUCCCGGGCUGCCAGUGCCCUGCCGGUCUAGUUCUGCACAACAACUACUGCAUCCAGCCAGAAAAGUGCCCGAAGAUCAUUCGCGGCAGCUCUUCAUGAUGCUUUAACGAUCACUUACGUGCGACUUGUUUUCAUAAACAUGCACUGCCGCCUCUGUGUCAGUCUCCUGUUACUGUUAACAGAAUUUGAAUUGGAUAAAUAUCCAGAUGAACCUCCAUGAACCUGCGGAUUCUACUAAAGUACUGUUGUUUGUUUUUUUGUGUGUGUGUUUUUUUAAUGAAAUUGUUAUAUCCAGCACUGAAUAUUUAUACUACUACACAUGGUUUGUGAUUUUAAUUCUACAUGUUCAAUGGUGCUUUUUUUAAAAAACAUUUUUUAACAGAUUAACUUGAUACUGUACGUGGCCUUUAUAUUAUUUUAACAGUAUUAUUUACUACGUUUACAGUGCAGGAUGCAUAUCUGUGCAAUGUCUGACUGUAUAAACAGUAAGCCACAUAAUCUCAGGUACUCUUACUUUUACAAAUAAAAUAUUUACUAACA